GAUUCGCGCUGUUUGAUUGGCUGUUCCGCGGGAGACCCAGGUGCUGAGAGAAGAUGGAAUCACCCGGUGAAUAUCGCGACCCUGACUGAGACAGAAGCAUCUUUACUAAACUGUCCUCUAUUUCCCCGUCUGGACAAAAGGGAAUUACCAACCUGUGUGCUCCAUUCACAUUACACGGCGAAAAAUUAAGUGUAGGCUUGAUCGCACGUCUCACGAACAGUGGCUCUCUUUCACGCAAAUCGCCUGACUAGCCAGUGUGCUUGUAAGGCUCUUACCACCGCAUGACUCGGACUAGCAGAGGAGACUAACGCAAACGCAGUUGAAGUAUCCAGGAGAGUGAAUUUAAGUGCCCACUCCUCUUCCCCUGAGAAGAGCUUGCUUUGAGGUUUGAGACUGAGCGACCAGCCGACGCGCCCCCGGCAGCCAUGGGUAGGAAGCUGGACCUGUCGGGCCUGACGGACGACGAGGCGGAGCAUGUGCUGAAGGUGGUGCAGAGGGACAUGAAGCUCCGCAAGAAGGAGGAGGAGAGGCUCAGUGAGAUGAAACAGGAGCUGGAUGAGGAAGGCAGCCGAUGCUCGAUCCUCUCCAAGCAGAACAAGUUUAACGAGCACUGCUGCAUCCGCUGCUGCUCCCCCUUCACCUUCCUGCUCAACCCCAAGCGCCAGUGCCUGGACUGCCAGUUCUACGUCUGCAAGGGCUGCCGGAUCUACUGCAAGAAGGACAAAGCGUGGCUGUGCUCUGCCUGUGAGAAGAGCAGGGUUCUUAGGACGCAGUCUUUGGAAUGGUACUACAAUAACGUUAAAAGCCGGUUCAAGAGGUUUGGGAGUGCCAAGGUAUUGAAGACGCUCUACAGGAAGCACAUCGCAGAGCGCGGAGCUCUCUCAGAACUCACAGAGGGAAGCUUUCACGAGGGAAGUAUCGACAAUGAAGGAAGCGUGUGCGGCAGCGACUCCACUUUCUACCGGCAAAGUGAAGGACACAGCAUGGCGGAUACGCUCACUGUCGCUCUGCGGGUGGCUGAAGAGGCCAUAGAGGAGGCCAUCGCUAAGGCCGAGGAGUACAGUGACAGCCUAGAGAAACAAAAUGAAGCUCGCUACCUGCGGGACAACAAAGAAGAGCUAAUAGAGGAACUCGCUACAACUAUUGUGCAGAAAAUCAUUCAGCGCAGGAAGCGCUCAGAGAUGCAAGCAGAGUACGAGAUGGUGUGGCCCGCCACCCAGAACCAGAACCAGAGCAGUGAGCCCCCCUCUCCCACCCCGCGCCAGCCGAGCCCCCACACCGUCCAGGCCAGCCUGAAGACCUCCUACUCCCUUUGGCGGUCGCGGUCCGCCUUCUCCCUGACGAGCGACGACUCCCCAGAGAAGCCCACGGAGCCGGGGGAGAAAGCGGGGGGUCCGGAGGCAGCGGGGAAAGGAGGCGUUAAGGAGUACGCUUCCCUAAAGAAGGAGGCCAGAGCUGCCCAAAUGACCAGCUGGAAGAGCGUCGACCGGCUGGACAACUCCUGCGCCUCCUCAGUGCUGCAGAGUCCAGACGGGAACUGGAUUGCCCUGCAGAGCACGCAGCUGUCCCGGCCCAGCCUGCUGACCAAGCGCAAGAGCCUGGUGUUCAGCGUGCUGGAGAAGGAGUCGGGCGUGGUCUCCGCCUACGACGAGAUGGGCUCCGACACGGAGGACGAGGACCCGGGCGGCUGGGUCUCGGCCCUGCACCAGUUCCGCCGGAAGAUGUCGGACGAGACGUACUACACGGACUCGCAGCACGACCCCGAGUGGACCUACACGCAGAACCCCGCCGUCACCUCGCCCUCCUCGGGCCAGUACACCAACACCGAGACCCUCAACUCCGACUCGGAGCCCUCCCCCGUCCCCUCCUCCGCCCGGGACGGCCUGCCCAAGCACCGCAAGCAUCUGCUGUCUGUGCUGAAGAGGAAGGGCGGCCCCGACCACCACCACCACCACCUCCACCAUCCUCAUCCUCACCAGCUGGACGCCCUGGACAUUAACUUCAACCCCAAGGUGGCGGGCGGGCCGGGGGGAGGGACGGGCCCGGAGGACAGCAGCGAGGCGGAGGAUCGCCAUAGCGACCACAUCAGGAGGUCCCGCAGGCGCAGGAAGAGCAAGAGAGAGCAGGUGGAGCCGGGGAGGAGCCUGCAGCCGCAGUACUCCUCUUCUGUACCGGAGUACAGCAGCUUCUCCCUCAGCUCCAUGGCCAGGAGAGAACUGGAGGCGGGGCUUCCUCCGCCACCUGACACUGUGACCCCCGACACCCUGACCUCCGAAGCUGUGACCCCCAGCGCCGGCAGCCGGGAGGCGGGGACGGCCGGCUCGCGGGCCUUCUGCGCGCCGGAGGCUCUGGAGCUGGAGCUCAAGUCCAAGCUGUGCGAGCUGGUCCGCCGAGCCAGCGACCAGGAGCUGACCUCGUCUGAGGACGACUCGCCCCAGAGAGCGGGAGACAGGCGAGCGGAGGGCCAGGGAGAGACGCCGAGCGAGGGAGAGAGGGAGAGCGCGUGCGACCAGGAGGCAGACAGACACGCCAAGAGAGAGGAAGAGAGAUUAAAGGAGAAAAGUCUGGAGAGAGCGGGAGAGAGACUGGGGAAGAAAGAGGGAGAUAGAGGAGAAGAGGGGAUAGUUGAGGAAGAGAAGGAGGUGUUAGGGGAGAUGUUGCAGAAGGAAGAGGUGCAGAGAGAAGAGGGGAGAGAGGGAGAGAGAGACAGUGAGGUGACAUGGGGACAGGCAGAGCAGGAGGCUGAGGGGACAGGAGCUACGCACCCUUUGCCGGAGAGCGCCCCCUAUGUGCAAGAGGAAAUACUGUCUCCUGACGACGUCCGCAAAGAAGGGGCACAUGCUCUGGCCGUGCAGCAGAAGCUUCAGGUUAUCUCUUCUCUCUUACAGCAGAAGUACUCGGCCGCCUCUCUGUGUAGCAUCACCACGGAGGUCCUGAAGGUGCUGAACGCCACCGAGGAGCUGAUCGAGGGGGCGGGGGGCGAGGGCAGCGCCCCGCCGGAACCCGCCGAUCCCUCCGCCCUCCCCUCCGGCUCCAGCUCCAAGAAGCUGGAUGAGCACCUCACCAAACUGGAGGAGAACGUGUACCUGGCGGCUGGCACGGUGUACGGGCUGGAGGGCGAGCUGGGGGACCUGGAGGAGUGCGCCCGCGCCAUCAGCAGCGGCACCACGGAGAAAGAGCUGGCCUACCUGGAGGACCAGGUGGCGAGCGCGGCGGCGCAGGUGCAGCAGUCCGAGCUGCAGAUUUCAGAUAUCGAGGCGAGGAUUUCGGCUCUGAAAACAGCCGGCUUGAACGUCACGGCCUGUACGCGCUUUUCCAAGUUCAAGCCAAAGCCGAAGCCAGAGACCAUCGGCUCCUCACGGCAACAGAGGCGAAAACUACCCGCCCCUCCCUUAAAAGGUGUGACAAGAUAAAGAAGGCAGGACGGGGCUGCAGUUGAGAUCUCUGCAGCCAUGACAACAGCACAAGGGCCGCUGCCCUCCAGGCCUCUCCAGGCCAGUGCCUUGAUCCAACACCCACCCGGGGCUCCGUAAGAACCUGGCCCCGCACGCCUCUGCCUGCGCUCUCCUGAGCCGGGUUCCUGUCCCCGGCCCUCUGUCUGACCUCCCGGGGCUCCUCGAAACACACCGCAGCCCCUUUACAGCCUGGUGUGAUGGACUCUCUGCCUUAAACUCCCUCCACACCACCACCACCACCACCACCUCUGUCCCAGCACCCCCAAUGUCCCUGAGAGACAUCGCAUCCUCACAAAACAAUAAUAAAGAGUUUAAAAAAGAAAUAAAUAGAAACCGUAUGGGAAGCAUUUAGCCCCUGUGUUUUCUAACUGUAUGCAAGAGUGUUAUAGGUGUUAAAGUAUGUGCAUAAAAAACAUGUGCAAAUCAAAAUGUGAUGUGACCCCCCCCCCCCAAAAAAAAAGAAGAAAAAAAAAACAGCAAAACCAUGUUUCAUUAUAGUAUUUUUUUUUUCCUUUUAUCCCAUUCUAUGGUAGAUUUCAAACGUUCCUACUUUUGAUGUAAUCAUUUUCUGUCCAAGGUGUCGGAAGGGUCAUUUGAAUGCAAUUUUGUUUUCAAAUAUAACACUACUUUCUAUUGUUCAUUCUCUUAUUAUUUACAUGUCUUUUAUUUUAUCUAAGAAAAUGAGCCUAUCAUUAUUACCAAAAUUCAUUCCCUUGCCACAUGGGCCAGCAAAUAAUCAUAUCAAGCUGCAUUUAACUUGGUUUAUUUAUAUAGUCCAACCUGCUGUGGUGAUGCAAUUUCAAAAAAUGCAAGUAAUUUCUGUUCAUUUGCACAGAAGUACAUGUGUAUUGCAAGACAAUAUCCACAAUGUUGAACUAACAUUCUAAUAUUAUGGAAGUGGUUGUUAAUAAUGGAAUUAUUAAAUAUUAUUAAAUUAAAUUAAAUGGUCCAGAGUUAUUACCCUUCUAGAUAUUAACUGGGUUGGUUACAUUUUUUGCCAUGACAUUGGCUAUUACUAGUUUGUUGAGUGAAUAACGAUUUAAUUCACAAUUAAUUUAGUCAUUCUUAACCAUGUGGCCUUACACGUCAAGCAUCGUUUUUGUUUGUCAUGCACAAAUUUGAACAAAAAUGUCCACAGUAUUCAACUACAGCUUUGGUGAGCAGCUCAGCACUUCUUUCACUGUAAAUGUGACAGUUUGACCACUGUACUUCAUGUGGUGUCUCAAGUGCAGUAUUUGUCAAACUGCAUACAUUCCCCUGCUUUUGUUACAUCACCAUUUACACACAUCUUCAUUUUUUUUACCUCCUUUACAGUAUGUUACCAUACAUACACACUGUAUGGUUUUUGUUUAAUGCAAAUUUAUAACUUUCAAGUUGGACUGUACUGUAAUAUUCUAGCAACUGAACCUGACACUCUGAGAUAAGGCUCUAUGUGAUUAUUUACGCACUUAUGAAAGGAUUUGUGUAUUUGACUGUCCUUAUAUUUGUUUGAAUCCAUAUACCACUGGUGUCAUAUCAUCAGACGUCAGCCUGGUAAAGGUUAUUCAGAGUCUUAAUUAAUAAUUUCAUUAUAGUUGAUUAUUUUUCCAGUGCCGGCAUUUCUCACAGUGGCGUCUCUUGUACUUCCUUUUACAUUUUUCAGAGUGCUUUAAAUGAUCACUUCUGGGUGUUGAUGUAAGGAAACAUAACUAUCAUUACUGGUUUGGCAAUGGUGACCAUGUCAAUUGAACACUGUUCAUUACAUGGAAUAAGCUUUAUAGAAUAAAAGAUUAGUCCAUGUUCUGUUGUCUUUAUAUAUAUUUCUACCAAUGGUUUAUGUGCAUAUCAAAAUAAAACACCCCCUAUGUGUAAUUUAUUCACAUUUUUUACUCUGUAAAUUGAAUGUGGGCUUAUAUGGGCUCACAAUGCUUAAGGUAUUUAUUUUUAUAGAGUAUCACUUUCUUUUUGGGAAGGUCCAUUUAUUGCCAUAGCUCAUUCUUGAAAUUAAUUUUUAAAAGAUUUUCUUCUAAUAAUAAUAAACAUUGUUUUUUUUUUUUUAUUUCUCUUUUUUGAUAGACAUGGAUGGGAGCUGUAUUGUAGAUUAUACCCAAAUUAUUUGUUUGCAGAAGACAGCUAUUUUCUUUGAAGUGUCUUCCUACCUUUUUGUACUGCUGUUUAAAUUUAUCAUGGUUGUUGCUGUUGGAGGUGUUUGUGUAUAAAGCAUGUUACUGGUUUGAAAUAGAUAUAUACAAAUUCUUAUGGAAAAGCACAGCCAAGGGGUCGAUUAUACUUCUAGCAAUGUCCUGUAUUUUUCUAUUGUAAACAAACGAGCCUUUAUUUCAGUUGAGAAUUUGUUUAAAAACUGGAAAUUAAGAAAAUUGUACAUUUGGUAACUGAUCAUACUCUUAUCUUUCAGUGUAUUAUGUGCUAUAAAAUGUGUUGCUGUUAUAGAAACUGGAUGAUCGCAGUGACUAUACUAUGCACAGCUCGAUAUAUGGAAUCUGUGUUCUUUUGCUCAAUUGUUUGGUUGUUUGAAUCUAUAAUGUGUGAAAAAAGGAUCAAGAAGCAAAAAAUGGUCAACUAAAAAUAUCCUCAGACAGAUUAUUUAUGUGCCAAAUUGUUCUCAUUGAGAAAAUAAGUAAUACUGUAAAUGAAUAAAGUUUGCAUUACUGAAAACAA